GUAAUUCCAAAAAAUUAAAUCUUAAAAACCGGAAAAUUGACAAAAUAAUAUCCUACUAAAAUUUCGUAAAAACAGACUUUUGUCUGCCCAUACCCACUUUUCUACACAAAAUUUACAAAAGUCCUCUGAAAACCCUAAAAAUAUUUUCAAACAGCCAAUGAAAAUCGGUAAAUAAUCUCGCAAACUCGCUGGAAAUACCCAAAAAUCGGUUUAAAAAUACUCUGAAAUCGGUUCAAAAAUAAAACACUGGAGGCAUUCAAUAAAUAUACACCGCAAGCAUUUAUGGGCCACAAAUCACAGCAUAAAUUCCCGAGUAGAAUCAACAAGCAAUAUUUUCAAAUAUAAAAUGGUCGAAAAAAUGCUUAUCCGAAAUAGAGAUUGAGGAGGAUAUUUUUCGAGGCAGCCAGUCCACCAAAUUAAUUUAACGCAGAAAGUGCACAUUUAGAGAGCAAAGAAAAAAUAUAAAUUUAUGGCUCCGCGUCGCAACAGCAACAUCAGCAGCAGCGGCAACAGCAGCACCCAGCAGCAGCAGCAGCAGCACCAGCAACAGUUGCAGCAGCAACACCAGACGCAGCAGCAGCAACUGCUGCAGUUCUACGCGGAGAACGCGAAUUCUUCAGGCGUUCUGAUGGCGCCCAUGCAGGGAUCCGGGGGCGUUGGGGGCGUGGUGCGCUGCUGCCUGCCCAGCGGAGACUGCCGCAAACUGGACUCCCUGAUACCGCUGAACGAACUGGCCCUGGCCGACUGCAUCCGGGUGCUCUGCAACAACGAGAACUGCAGUGCAGGGCAGUACAUGCACCGCGAGUGCUUCGAGCUGUGGGAGGCGGGCGUGCUGCAGACCCUCAAGGCCAACGGCAGGGCCCGCUCCUGGUCGGAGAGGCAGCGGCUCCAGCACCUGUGGACCAAGAAGGGCUACGAGCUGGUCCACAAGGCCUGCAGCUGCAAGUGCGGCCGCGGACAGCUGCGCAAGGAUCUCGAGUGGGUGGCCCCCACCAACCAGGGUGUUCUGUACCUCAAUGGAUCUGGCAAUCGGGGAUCCAAUGGCCUGAAUGGCAACCUCAGCGAGGACGACGACAAGAAGAAGGCCAAGAAGAAGCGGAAUCGCAAUGGCAAUGGCAACUCCAAAGCGCCCUUGAGCCAGAAUAAUGGCAAUAGUUACGGCGGACUGACGCCCAAUCCGAAUGUGGGCGUCAUAGGGUCGGGUUUGCCCCACAACAGUGGCAACACCACCGGCAACAAUGGCAAUGCCGGCAACAACGGCUCUUCGGAUCUGCUGCAGCCCAGUGUGGUGGCCACUCUGAGCAACAUCCUGAAUCCCAACAAUGUCCUCGGCCUGGACUUGAGGGCCAGGGCUGGCAGUCUGUCCUCCAGUGGAGCUGGCAGCGGUUCCACCUCGCCAUCGGCCUCCCAAUCCAGUGGCGAGAUCCCCGUGUCGCCUGUGCAGCAAUUGAAGCAAACGCUGUUGAUGCAACCCGUGGGUUUUCUGCAGAACGGCCUGGGUUUGUCCAAGAACCUCCUAAUUGCUCCCCAGCAGCAGCAGCAGCAACAGAAUAAUCUGCCUGCUUUGGCCAAUAUCAGCAACUUUAAGCCCUUGGCCAGCUAUGAACAGCAGCAACUUGUGCAGCAGCAGAAGAACAAGGAGGUCGAACUCUAUUCCGAGCGAGUGCGCUCCACAUCUGGCUGCAAUGGGAUCUUUUCGCGUCGCCUGGACUUCUCGUCGUUCAACUUGCUGCCAAAGACUCGUUUGAAUUCUUAUCAAGUCAAGAUCGAGGACGAGGGCAACCAUGGCAACGAUGAGACGCGCCUCUUCAUCCUCUCCUCGCUGGCAUCCCAGAUGAGCCGGGUGGCCUGCAUUUUGUGCGAGGAGCCGCUGCUCGUUUUCGAUCGCUAUCCCCUGGUCGAUGGCUCCUUCUUCCUGAGUCCCAAGCAGCAUUCCAGCGGCUGCAUCGAGGUUAAAUACGAGGGACGCACUCUCUACUUGACCUGUGUUUGCAUGAGCUGCCUGGACGGAACCUCCAGCAGCCGCGUCAUCAACUGCAGAUUCUGCAAGGAGCCGUGGGAUGGCUCGAGCCUGGUUCUGGGCACCAUGUACGCCUACGACAUCUUUGCGGCCAUGCCCUGCUGCUCCGAGAGGUUCAAGUGCAAUAACUGCUUCAAGAUGCUGAUGCAUCCGCAGCAGCGUCUGAGCUUCUACAGUGACUACUCGCACGGGGUGACCUGCCCAUAUUGCAACACGCAGGACACGCACUUCGUGAAGCCGCUGAGCUUCUGCUACGCCAAGAGCCCGGCGGCGCGGCUGCCGACGCUCGCAUAACAUGAGGCCCCGUUGGAGUCGCCCGUGGGAACAGGUGCCACCGCCACCCAGGUGCCAAAUGCCCAGGGCGCUCCAACGGCCUCCGGCUGCAGCAGCAACAACACCAUCAUCUCAUCGAACUCGAACAAGCAGCCGCCAGCGAGCAGCCCGCUCUACAAUGCCGCCAUCGAUUAUUCGGCACCGCUGCAGCAGCAGAUUAAUCCGGACUUGAUUGGAGCCCAUCCGCAUGCCCAGCAGCAUCAGCAGCAGGUGCGACAGCAGCAGCAGCAACCCCAAACAACAGCAGCAACACAGCAGCAACAACAGCAGCAACAGCAGCAGCCGACUCAACAGCAACAUCAGCCUGCGGUUAGCUCAUUUCAAAGGGCCAACUUCCCUCAGCAGUCUCAUAAAACCAUGAACAUGAUGGCCAUGGCGGAUGUGAUGAGCAAGUACCAGCAACAGCAGCAGCAACAGCAACAACAGCAGCAACAGCGCCAGCAGCAACACAACCAGCCGCCACAGCAGCAACAUGCAACACAGAAAGGACUCGAGGGCCUUCUAUUGACCAACAGCAACACAAACACAAACAACAGCAUAAGCAGCAGCAGCAGUAUUAGUAACUUAAUCAUUAGCCAUAAUUCAGCCAGCAAUCCAGGCAGCAAGAUGCAGCCCACUUGGGGCCAGAGCGAUGCCAUCUCGGCCCUGUGGGGCUGCUCCAGCAGCAGCAGCGGCUGCUCCUCGGGCAGUGGAUCGCAGCCCUCGUUGAGUCCGACGGCCAGCAGUCAUGGCAACGAUGGCUCCAAGAUGAUGCUGUGGGCGGCGGCCCAGAGUUCCCCGCAAAAUGCAGCGUCAGCAGCAGCAACACUCAGGGAUGGAUUCAAGGAGUUGCAACAGCAGCAGCAGCAGCAGCACAAUCAGACGGUGCACCCCGCACACGCAGCCUCGCCCACAGCCUCGUUGACCAGCUCCAGUUCCUCCUCGAACGGCUGGAGUGCCUCGCACUAUGGCAAGCCCAAUAUCUGGGAGCUGCCCGGGAUCAGGAUCUCGGCUGGCCAGAGGACACCGGCCAGCAGCCACGACAUCUUCACCGAUCUCCUGUGCAACCUGAGCAUCAGUCAGGAUAAUAACAGCAGCCAGCAGGCCAAAAGUCGAGCCUCCGCCUCGGAUGUCAGCUCGAACUCCUCCUCCUCCGCCGGGGAACUCCUGGAGGCGGCCAAUAUCUGGAGGUUUCCCGAGUACGCCAGUCAGCUGUACAAUGAGGAGCCCACUGGAGGCGCCGCUGCCUGCAUGCAGCUCUUCAACGACUAUCUCAACAUGAACUAAAAGCAAAGCCUGCAGCAUUUGUUACUCUAGCUAAAUUUAUCAAACAAAAAAAAAAGAAUAUCGAAAAAGAGUAAGCAGGAGAAGGUGGAGAAGCGAAAAUUUUAGUUUUUAAAAUCAUUUGAUUUUUAUACAAUCACACACACAUCUUAAAACCGAGAGAAAACAAUGCAAACUAAAAACAAUUUUCUUGUUAUUUUUGUUGAGUUUUUUUAGUUCUUUGUUUACACACCUACCUAAACAAAAAAAAGAAGAAGCAAUUUUUAGUUUUAUUUUAUAAAGCAAAUUUUAUACAUUUUACCAAAAAAAAACAAAGCGAAAUGUAAAACAAAAAAAAAAGGAAAACGAGGAAAGAGGGACAAAAAAAGAAACACAUUUACAUCACGAUUGAGGGACAAGUUUUAUUUAGCAAAAAUUGAAGGCAGGGCAUAAAUUGUUUAAACAAAUCAUGAUAAUUGCUGUGCUGCUCAAUAACACAAAAAGGAUGAAAAGCAAAAAAGGAGAAGGAGUAGAGUAGGAGAGUUAAAAAAGAAGGGGAGAACAUGAAACAUUUGCUACAAUUUAUGAAACGUAAAAUUACAAAACCUAAAUUUAACAAAACAACAUAAACGAUAAGUUGCACAUCUUUACCUAAGCGAUUGGUAAUUAUUCUAGUUUUAGUAAGCGAAACGAGAACCUCUAGAGCCGAUUAAGUUUCUCCCUCCAGUUCAGAACAGUUCAGUUAGGUCCUCAGAGUAAUUCAACCCC